GAUAUAAACAGCUGGGAGAUCCAGAAGAAAAGCUGCACGUGGCUCAUGGUAACGCAUGAAGUGUGCGUCAAAGACGAUGUGACAAGUCUGUCUAACUUGGCUUCCAGCCACAGUGGGUGCCGAUCGCUUUGCUGAGGCAGGACGCCGUGCUGCUCAGAUGGCCAGAACAGAGCUCGCAAACAUGGGAGAGCGUCUGAAAAGGGAUCACGGAAACACGCCUGAAAAGGGAACGCACGCGUCCGAGGCGGGUCCCAGCCCACGUUAGGCACCGUGAAUGCCAACUGCUGCGUGCGUGUGUGUUCGUGUUCCUGCUGAAAUCGGCACGGCCCCGGCAGGCGCUACGCGGCGCGGGGCCCUCGGCAGCCUGCACAGCCAGCUUGUGCUGCGCCGCGAGAGAAACCAGGCAGGCUGCAGAGCCCAGCUUUGGAUGACAGCACUAGAGAAAGCCACCGGUGACGUUGUGCUCAAGUUUGAACCAUUCGUUCUUCAUGUGCUGUGUCGAGAGCUGCAGGAUGCACAGCUUCUGCAUUCGGUGGCUGUUGAUUCUGGGUUCAGGAACUCUGGUAUUACGGUUGGCAGAGGAGGAAAAAUUAUGAUGGCUGUCCGGAGCACUCAUUGCUUAGAAGUUCCAUUAAGCCACAAGGGGAAAUUGAUGGUGUCCGAAGAAUAUAUUGAAUUUCUGAUACAUAUCGCUAAUCGGAAAAUGGAAGAAAACAUAAGGAGGAUUGACAGAUUCCACAAAGGCUUAGAGUUAGCUUUGAAAACUGCCGUCAGUGCAAACAACUCACCUUCUGAGGAGACGGAGAAGAAUCGCUCUGUGUACAUUCACAGAAGAAAGAGGAAGACCAUUCAAGAACAAGGUGUACACACCUCUCCAGAGGAUCGCGAUGAAGAAUUGGAGCCUGAAGAUGACACAGAAAGCAAUCUUGAUAUUUUUGCUGAAAUCAUGAUAUAGACUAAGGCAUUUGAAAUCAAAUGGCAAACUGAAUAAUUGUAGUGCUCUUUGUAAGAGAUAUAAAUACUGCUCUAAGUAGUAACACUCUGAUGGACGUGUACCGGAGAAAAAGGUAAUUAAACAGAAUUGUGAACAGGUUUAAUGCCACAGAAGCACAGAGAACAAAACUUUAGAAUGUUUUGGGGUUUUUUUUAACAGUACUGUUGAAUUAACAAUCUUUUACUCUGUCAGCUACCACAGAAAUAACUGGUUUGCUACAGCCUUUGGCCAUGUUCUCUAUGGAAGCAUUUCACUUCCAAAUGCUGGGUUCGGGCCUUCUGAUUUUUGCAGAGCACAGAAACUCUAAAAACUGGGUUGUUAUCUUUGGAGGUUUUUAAUCCCUGUCGGAACUCUGCAAAGCCAUGUGCAGCAAUAUAGAUGGCCCUUUCAAAACAACACAAAGCCACAUAUUAGUCAGCUCAAGAGCAGUAUCUGGUGUGGAGGUUAGAACGGAGACCUAGAAGUUACGUACGGCUCUACGCCAGCUCCAGCCGGGCAUGCCCAGGAUCCUUCCGGACUGGUGCAGCAGGCAGCAAGGUUUAUGCUGUUCUCCUCUGCUUCAGGCUCCCGCCCCAGCGUGUUCCUGUGUUCUGCUUCCCUCGGCCAGCAGCCGUGAAGUGUUCUCUAUCUUUGCAUCUUUUCGCCAGCUCCGUACGCUGAUAGGUCGUUAGCUCACGUGUCAUUCUAUGUGGCCAGCACCCGGCUUCAGCUCCAGCUGUCUGGCAGAAGAUCAACCAAAAAGUACAGUAACAGGCUUUCUUACCAGGCUACAAACCACUCGUGUGCCAUAAGUGCUAAAUAUAGACCAGUGCAAUAAUCUGUGCGUUACUGUUGUACCCCUGGAGAAGUCACUCCAUACUCCUAGUGUAUUUUUCAGGAAAAUGGUAAAUUUGUAAAUCUUAGCAGUAGUGGAUUCUGAGCCCUUCCUUUUAUGACAAAACAAGACCCUGACUGAAGGAAACGGUUUAUUUGGUACAGUAACUCCCAGUUCAUGUAGGGAGUUGUCAUUGUUUCCAUUACAUAAGCAUAUGUCUUGGGGACAUUUUAAUUCCACUGUAAAAAUUUGACAUACUAGGUGGCAGCCAAAGGGAAAAGUAAUUGGGGGUUUUAAAUAGAUUUUGAAAGACCUGUUAGCCUGUGUUUCCAGUAGCAGGCAUGCCAAGAAAAUAAACUUGAGCCUUUUGUGUUG